CCGAAUUCUUUCCCAGCAUCAAAUAUCAAACCGCUUCAUUUUCUAAACAGGCAUAAAAAAAAAUUAUACACACACACACAUAUAUACGGACGUAAAUACACAGAAAGGCUGGUGCCUAAUUCCUAACGAUCCUCUGUUAAUUUUGAUUCCAAAUCCCUAGAUCUAUCGUCGCCAAUCGACCUCCAAUUUCUCAGUCUCCGAUCAAUUGUUUGAAAGAGAGAGAUGGAUGAUAGCUGUGCGGUGUGUGCGGAGGCUCUAGAAUGGGUUGCAUACGGCGCGUGUGGCCAUCUUGACGUUUGCUCCACGUGCGUGUCUCGGCUCCGUUUCAUAUGCGACGAUCGCCGCUGCUGUAUCUGCAAGACCGAGUCAUCUGUGGUUUUUGUCACCAAGGCUUUAGGGGAUUAUACAAGGAUGAUUAAUGACUUUUUGCUCUUGCCAUCUGAACCAAAGGAGGGUCGAAUGGGAUCUUACUGGUACCAUGAGGACACACAAGCAUUUUUUGACGAUGUUGACCAUUAUAAAAUGAUAAAGGCUAUGUGCAGAUUGUCAUGUAGUGUAUGUGACAAGGAGGAAUCAAAUGAUGGAUCCAAGCGUCGGGGGAAGUUUAGAAAUAUUAAUCAGCUGAAGGGUCAUUUAUUUCAUCAACAUAAAUUGCAUAUGUGUAGCCUAUGCUUAGAAGGACGAAAGGUUUUUAUUUGUGAGCAAAAGCUAUACACUAGAGCACAAUUGAAUCAGCAUAUAAGCACGGGUGAUUCUGAUGUUGACGGAAGUGAAAGUGAAAGAGGUGGCUUUAUGGGACAUCCCAUGUGUGAAUUCUGUAAAAAACCAUUCUAUGGAGAUAAUGAGUUGUAUAAACAUAUGUCAACCGAACACUACACCUGUCAUCUAUGCCAGAGGCAGCAUCCAGGACAAUAUGAAUAUUACAAGAAUUAUGAUGACCUAGAGAUUCACUUCCGUCGAGACCAUUUUCUAUGUGAUGAUGAGGGCUGUCUUGCCAAGAAGUUUAUUGUCUUUCAAACUGAAGCAGAGUUGAAGAGACAUAAUACAAUUGAACAUGCUGGUCAUAUGUCUCGUUCUCAGCGAAAUGCUGCUCUCCAGAUACCAACUAGCUUUCGAUAUCGUCGAAGUAAUGAACAAGAUAAUCGUCAUGGAAGGGGACGAACAUUCCGUCGUGAUCAAUCAGAUAACCAACUCUCCAUAGCCAUUCAGGCUAGCCUGGAGGCAGCAUAUUCAGAAAGCACAUCUCGUGAUCGAUCAUCCAGUGCACAAGCGAUCUCUGAUCAUGUAGAUUUAAGUGAUAUUGAUCCAAUAGUUCAGCCAUUUGAAUCAUUAUCUGCUACUGAUCCUGAAACAACAUUGAGAUAUCUUCAAGCCUUGGGGCCUUCUUCUAGGAAUGCACCUUUGCAAGAAUCUUCCUUUCCUCCUCUCUUUACGACUACAAGCAGUGGUCAACAAAAGGCCAAAGAUGAAUCAGAAAGUUUGCCUAAUAAUACAAUGGCGACGCAUCUUCGGCGCCAGAACAACAGAAAUGCAACAGUAGUCAACUCACCCCAGCAGUGGCCGGCAGCAAGCCGCGGACAUGUAUCAAGUAGUCCAGCACUAUAUAGGCCUACAGUAGAUACAUCACCUUUGAGUUCAAGGAGUUCUGCUAGUGGACCUGGUCUCUCUAGUUAUGCAAGUUCUAUUCAGUCCCAUGCUCAGACUCGACCUGCAGCAGUCCGUGGGCAUCCCUCAGCUGGUUCAGUGGGGAUCUCAGGUACUACAAGUAGGAUAAGCAGCACUGCAUCAGCCUCAAAUCUUGCUGACUCUGGAUCAUUGAAGCCCUCUGUCUCAGAUUUUCCUCCAGUUUCUGCAGUGCCGAUGCACAAGAUGCCUACUAGUAGCCAGGUUGUGCUGAAUGUGGAAGAAUUUCAAACUGCAAACAAGUCAUUGGUGGAAAAGAUACGUGCUGCUCUUGAAAAUGAUGAAGAUAGAUAUACUCUUUUUAAAGACAUAUCUGGACAGUAUCGUCAGGGUUCAAUUGACACAGGAGAGUACCUGGACUAUGUCCAGCAAUUUGGCUUAUCACGUCUCAUUCCUGAGCUGGCUAGACUUUGUCCUGAUGCUCAGAAACAGAAAGAGCUUGUUGAAACCUACAAUGCUAGUUUGAGAAGCAGUGGGAAGAAAGAGAAUGGCUGGGGCCGUGGUAGUGCCCAGUUAAAAGGCACUAAUGGAUCCAAGGAAGGCAAGGGAAUAGCUGAAAAUGAUAGCAGUUCAAAGGAUAGAUUGACAGAUAGCUUUAUUAAUACUGUUCGAGCACUGCAGUCAAAUUACAAGCCUGUGGAAGAUGAGGCGCAGCUGCUGUCAAAGGAUGGAUAUCGGGCUGCCAAAGGUAAGUCGAAUGUCAUGCUUGAUGAGCGGCAAAUGGAACCAAGAAUCCAAAAUGGCUCUUUAUCUGCCGGUGAUGGAUCUAGUAAAAACCUAAAAGACGGGGGUACCGAGAAGCAACGGAAGAAAACCUCCAAGGUUCAUAGAGCAAGGCUUGGUGAUGGCUCAAUGGCGGCCCUGUUGGAUCUCCAAAACUCCGAACCUGAUCCUCGCGAAACAGUGGAGAACAGGAUAGACGAUAGCAGUAACUCAGUAGGAGGGUUACCUGUGCGUGGAGUCUGGAGAAAAGGUGGGGGGCAAAAACUCUUUCCAUGAACAGUAUAUCAUCAUGGUAAAGAAAUGGGGCCAAUUAUUAAACAAUAGAGAUGGAAUAGAUUCCAGCAAAUUCCUUCGAAUUGCUGCGGUUUUGCAACGUGACUCUCUUUUUGAGCUUAGUUCACCAUUUAGGUGAUGAAUGCUAUUCGAUGUUGGUUUUUGUACUGUUAUGUAAUUGAGGUGAUGGGGUUGUCCAUCAUCGCAUGGCUAUCUUUUUUUUUAUAUCAGAAAGUGUUCAUAGACAUCACGAAUGAAGAAAGCAGAUAUGAUUAAUA